GCACACAUCAAACUUCAGUCACGGACAAGCACAGCCAUUUAGUUCACUCCCAAUUCUGAGCUCAUAUCGGCCUCUCUCCAAAGCCCCAAACCCUAAAUUUCGCCGCCGGUUAUGUCAAAAAAGCGCUCUCGCGUUGGCCAGUCGCAAAGCUUCGGAGACAUUACAACGCUGAACCAGCAGCAGCCCUCGCCGGAGCUCCUUUGGGACGCUGCAUUGCCUGUUGACGUUCCUGAUCAGUCUCGCCCGAGUAUCCUGACAGUGUCGUCUCCGCCGUUGAUGUAUGAAAUGGUGCGUGGCAACGGCGAUUGCUUUCUCGAGAGAUGCUACCACUGCAAGAAAAUGUUGGACCAGAAUAAAAAUAUCUACAUGUAUGGUGACUCUGCAUUUUGCACUCUUGAGUGCCGCGAAGCACAAAUUGCAAUUGACAAGGCAACAGUGGAAACAGGUACACGGACUUCAGGCAGAGGAAUGAAUAGGUCAUAGAUCAAUGGAAAGGCAUCAAAACCAUAGCUUGUAUGUAGCUAGUUAGUGGUUUGGUGCACUAAUUUGGGUAGUGCAUAGCUGUCAGGUUUUUGAGAUUGGCCUGCACUGCAGAAUUGAAUAGCAGACAUAUCAUUACUUCAUUAGGUAGAACAAUAGAAGUCUGUUAUAAAUUUUAAAAUCAAAGGCGUUAUUCUUUUCCAAGACUAAAUUUUUUAGUGUUUUCCCCUUUUUCCAGUUUCAUAGGAGAAUUGGGAAUUUUUGAACGCCUUGAAAUUUUUCUAGUUGUGCUUAUAGGAUGGAAUAAACUGAAAGGUUUAUCUUUCACCUAACUUGAGAGUUUUAAAUCUGCUUCACAUUGAGGUUUGAUUUAAUAGUGUCAACAUUAAGAA